AUAUUUACUUUAUAAAAGGUGAAGUAAUUGUAAUUAAAAUUUAUGAGGCAUGUAAUCCGAGUGAUCCUGAGAUUAUACUGGGUAGCAAGAGGAAUCACAGUAAAAUCUUACUAGUCUGCUUUUAUCUGUAUCUGAUAUUAUGGCUACUGGGGUAAGCAAGAAUCUUGAUUAUGCCCAGGAUCGUAUGAUGGGUGCCAAAGAUCUGUUGGAUGCAGGAAUUACGAAUUCAGUGCCUGAUAAGUAUGUCUUUCCUCAGAACAGACGCCGAUCAGCCACUCAAGUCGUACAAGGAGAGAAUAUACCAAUUAUUGAUAUCUCAGGCCUUGAUGGAUCCCAACAGGAACGAAUUCAAACCAUCCAAUCUCUUGCCCAGGCUUGUGCAGAGUGAGGAUUCUUCAGGGUAAUUAAUUAUGGGAUCGAGGCAUCUCUGAUAGGCAGUAUGUUAGAUGUAGCCCAUCAGUUCUUCUUGCUCUCCUCUGAGGAGAAGAUGAAGUAUGGGACCAGGGAUGUUAUGGAUCCAGUGAGAUAUGGAACCAGCUUCAAUGCCAAAGUUGACCAAUUUUUUAACUGGAGAGAUUAUUUGAAGCAUUUCUGCCAUCCUGUACUGCAAACUCCAGAUAAUCCCCCAAAUUACAGAGAUGUUGCUGGACAAUACUUCAAGGAAACCAGGAAAAUGGCUUUGAAAUUGAUGGCAGCAAUAUCUGAAAGUUUGGGACUGCAGCCAACUUACAUAGAAAAUGUCUUCGGAGAGGGCCUUCAGAUUGGCAUAGUAAACUUUUAUCCAGAGUGCCCACAACCAGAGCUUACAAUGGGCUUUGUACCCCAUUCUGGUCAUGGAGGCCUUACCAUACUAUUGCAAAGUGAGGUGGGAGGUCUGCAAGUUCUCCAUAAUGGUCAUUGGGUGGCAGUGGAACCAGUUCCAAACACCUUCAUUGUCAAUGUUGGCGACCAUUUGGAGAUUGUGAGCAAUGGGAGAUACAAAAGUGUGGAGCACAGAGCAGUGGUGAAUGCAGAGAGAAAAAGGAUUUCAAUAGCAUCAGCUAAUGGGCCUGCUUUGGAUGCUUUGAUAUUUCCUGCUCCACAACUAGUUGAUGAAACUCACCCACCCCUGUACAGAUCCAUGUUGUAUGGAGAUUUUCUUAGGUUCGAUCAGAGCACAGAGCUUAGAGGUAAAGCUAACCUAGAUCUGCUCAAGAUACCAAAACAAGAAUAGUAGAUCUGACAUUUUAAAAAGGGAAUAGUAAUGGCGCAGACAAUACUAUGUAAGUUUAUGAAAAUAUCCACAUCUAGGUAUCUUGAGUGUAGGGGAACAUUCCUGUGUUUUGGCUUUCUCGUGGGGCACAUGUAUAGAGUUUUUACUUUGCAAGUUGAUUGGGAAGAUUUUAUAUUUAAGAAUAUUUCAGUUGUAAUAUAAGAUGGGUGAGUGGCUUCUAAGUUAUAAUGUUUCAUUUUUGAGAGUGCAUGAAAUUGAACUUGAAUUGUGUUAAA